AUUCGCCGACCCAAUUCGCCAGUACGCAGCUCUAUCUCUCGCCAAUUCAAAAAAGAAAAGAAAAGAAAAGAACCCCUCUAUCUCUCGCCGCACAUGGCGAACAGCUAACCCUAGCCGCCGCCACUGCACCGGCGCCUCCCCCGCCCCACUGACCGGCUUCCUAGGGCUUCCCUCCGCCCGUUUCUUCACCGCCGCGUUGGUCGCGACCCGGCCACCCUCGCCAGCGCUGGUCCCUGCACGGACGGCACGAACGCCGCCGCCCCGUUCAAGAUACUACACCAACUCCCCAGCUCGUCCUCGUCCUAGUGGAGACUCCACCCCCGCGGCUCCGCUUUCUUAGCACUCUCGCCGUCGCAGCCCGUCGCGCCGCCGGGAGCCAGGCAUGACGACGCGUAUCGCGCCCGGCGUGGGCGCGAACCUCCUCGGGCAGCACUCGGCGGAGCGCAACCAGGACGCCACCACCUACGUCGGCAACCUCGACCCGCAGUAGGAAAUAAUAACCAUGGAGUUCUGUAUGUGCUUUCUUUUUUUGAGGGAGUAUGUGCUUAUGGAUGAUUGUUUCUGAGGAAUUACUGUGGGAGUUGUUUGUCCAAGCAGGCCCUGUUGUUAAUGUCUAUGUCCCGAAAGACAGAGUUACAAAUCUACACCAGGGCUAUGGGUUUGUAGAAUUUAGGAGUGAGGAAGAUGCAGAUUAUGCUAUUAAGAUUUUGAACAUGCUCAAAUUGUACGGAAAGCCAAUAAGAGUAAACAAGGCUUCCCAAGACAAGAAGAGCUUGGAUGUGGGUGCGAAUCUUUUUAUUGGCAAUCUUGAUCCGGAAGUCGAUGAGAAGCUUCUCUAUGAUACCUUCAGUGCAUUUGGUGUGAUUGUGACCAACCCUAAGAUAAUGCGGGACCCUGAAACUGGAAAUUCUCGAGGUUUUGGCUUUGUGAGCUAUGAUUCCUUUGAAUCAUCUGAUCAAGCUAUAGAGGCCAUGAACAACCAGCAUUUAUGUAAUCGGCCAAUCACUGUCUCAUAUGCUUACAAGAAAGACACGAAAGGAGAGCGCCAUGGCACACCAGCAGAGAGGUUGCUUGCAGCGAACAACCCAGGAUCUCAGAAGCAUAGGCCACACACAAUGUUUGCAACUGCUCCGCCAACCCAAGGGCUUCAAAACGGUGGUGUUGGUGCACCUGUGCCACGGCCUUUUGCCAAUGGGAAUGUCCCAGGACAGAUGCAACAUGUCAGACCGCCGCCGCCACCUGUUGGUCAAUACCCUCCCAUGCAGAUGCAUGGACAGCCUGCCUGGCCUGGUCCUCCACAGAAUAUGCAACAAGUACCACCUCCGAUGCAACAGCAGCUUCAAUACAGGCUUCCAGGGAUGCCCCCGCCGCCGCAAAACAUGAUGCCCCCACCGCAAAACAUGAUGCCGCCACCUCAUCACAUGGCCAGGCCGCCGCCGCCACCUCCCAAUAUGCAAGCUCCACCUAUGUGGAGGCCACCCCCACCCCCACAACAAGGUGGUGGAAUGCCGCCACCUCCAAUGUCCAUGCCACCUCCUCCACCGCCACCUUCUGGUUAAAAAUAUAAAUGGGUGUCUUCCAUUGGGUUAAUUUGGCGCGCAGCAGUUGUAGACCAAGGGUGUUAAAAGUCUUUCAUAUACUGUCAUGUAACUUGCAGCACUAGGAGAAUAUCAGAAUUGAGAGAAUUAGCGGACGGUGAUACAAAAUGCGUGACUUUUGUGAUUGCAUGUGCGGUACCUGCCUUGUGUGGGUGCUGCUGCUGUGUGCUCUGCUUAGGACAAUUAUGGACCGUGAUCUGUGCUAUCUCUUACAUUGUUAUUACUGGCAGAAUCGUGUUUUAAACAGGCCUCUGGUGAUUGACAGUUGUCGCGCAACUUUCAGCUGUUUUCAUGAAA